GUUGAAUUCAGGCAUUCAGCCCUGCUCUAUCUACUCUGCUCACGAAGGGGUUAGGAGUAGACUGGAGACUUGGGCUUCACUUCACCUGCUCCUCAGACUUCAGGCUCCACGCAAUUCGACUUCACCUGCACCUGCUGCUGCAUCUCGUCAUCACCUGGUAGUUCAGUUGCUGCUGAUUGAGGAGGACGAGGAGGCAGCGGCCAUGGCGACGGCGAAGCCCAUCCUGUACGGCGCCUGGAUCAGCUCCUGCUCCCACCGUGUCCGCAUCGCUCUCAACCUCAAAGGUGUGGAUUAUGAGUACAAGUCAGUAAAUCCCAGGACAGAUCCAGAUUAUGAAAAAAUCAAUCCAAUAAAAUAUAUUCCUGCACUAGUAGAUGGGGACAUAGUCGUUUCCGACUCUCUUGCCAUCUCAUUGUAUUUAGAAGAUAAAUAUCCUGCGCAUCCGCUCCUGCCUAAAGAUCUUAAGAGGAAAGCUCUUAAUCUUCAGAUAGCUAACAUAGUUUGUUCAAGCAUUCAACCUCUUCAAGGCUAUGCUGUUAUUGGUUUGCAUGAGGGCAGCAUGAGCUUUGAUCAGGGCCUUCAAAUAGUUCAGCAUUAUAUUGACAAGGGAUUCAGAGCCAUUGAAAAGCUUUUGGAUGGAUGCGAGAGUAAAUAUGCUACUGGAGAUGAUGUCCAAUUGGGUGAUGUGUUUCUAGCACCACAGAUCCAUGCCGGCAUAAAUCGUUUCCAAAUUGAUAUGUUGAAGUACCCGAUUUUGGCAAGACUUCAUGAUGAAUACAUGGAAAUCCCAGCAUUUCAAGCUGCGCUUCCUAAAAAUCAGCCAGAUGCACCAUCAUCAUAAAUAAUCAAGAUUAUCAUGCUAAAUUAAAAUGCAUGCUUUUCGAUAAUAUAUUGGAAGGGGAGUCACUGCUUCAAAACUGGGCCGUUUCCUAAACAGUUUGAGAAACUUGUUGUUUCCUAAUAAUGUGUACAGUUCAUGGAGACUCCAGCAAAUGUUUGAGAAAUUUGUUGUUUCCUAAUAAUGUGUACAGUUUGAAUGAAGUCUUAAUGCUGCAUAUUCUGAAUGCAGCACAAUAAUUGAGGUUCUAAUCAGUUAACAA